UUCUUGAUUCGAACGACACUUUUAGAUCUACGUUUGACGAAAGUUUGGUUGGAGUUUGUUUUUUCUUAAAACCUGUUUCUCAUGAAUCACUUCUGUUCAUUAACUUUCCUGUUGGCCUCCGUGAUUUGUUGUGUGUCAAUGAGUGGAUUAUUAACUAGAACAUCUUUAGGCUGUGUUCGUUGGAGCUCUUGUAUUUUAAUGUCCAGAUAACGUAUGACCAUCACGAGUAGGGAGUAGGGGCUAUGAAUUAAGUGGACAUUCCGGUGUUUGGUGGGUGUCAAAUAGACUUCAUAUUCAACACGAUAUACAAUAACCUUUUGUUCAAACCACAGACUUUCUUUCAUUCGGGUGUCUUCAGUUUAACCUCAAUUAUUUAUUGCUAUUCCAAUUGCACAUUGAUCAAGCGUGAAAAGAAGAUCAGAAAUGAUGAUUGUUAUCUCCCUUUUACUGUAUAUACCUCACAUCUCAGGAUCUGCCGUCUUUGAAAUCAAUUGCCUGGCCAAAUAUUCCGUAAACUCUAAAGCCAAGGUCAUGUUGUGUACCAACCAAUCGUCCCCGAUCAGCUCCCCUUGUACUAGUGAAGAAAGAUUGGGCAUUCAAGACUUUGAGAUCUACUUGGCAAGCAAUGAGUCCGUCCAGUGCAAGGCUCUCGACGAGACCAACUAUAGAUCACAUUAUAAUGCCACUUGUCUAAUGGAGAAUAAUAAACCUCUGACAAAAGACAUGGCCAAAACAUUGAUGACAGUUUUCGUAGACCAAACAAAUUAUUUGUAUCAUAUCAGAACGUUGAAUACCCUCGUGAAAUCUACGGCUUGGCUUGCUGUUAUUGGGGAAUGCCACAAAAAACAAGACUUUAUAGAUGUAUGUGGGAAUGGCUCCUUAUCUGGCGUGACAAGAGCCCAUCUAAAGUUGCAGAGCAGAGAAGAGAAUCGAGAGACUAAAGAGAUGAGAGAUGAGACUCGAGAGAAUAAAGACUUUCAACUGACCUGGUGUAACUGUAGCGUGAAGACGUCAAGCGUGGUCAAAGUGACGGCCAUUCAUGUCCAGUUCAACAUCCCUACCUACCUUGACUUUGUUGGUCGAGAAAGAUCUAAAUCCAUAAAUGUGGAUGAAUUGUACUGGAACAAAGAUGGCGUGUUGUUUGAAACGGUACAAGAUUUUAACAUACAGUUUGGACUGCUGUGGCCGCUUCCGAAGAAUGUCUGGCUAUCUCUAGAAGGGGAAGAACUGCACAUAGACUGUCAAUCCACUCACAUCGUGAGAAAUUAUAGCAAGUACAACUUGAUGGUCACACUUAUUUUCAUCGUACUGGUCAUGCUGAACGUCGUGCCCAUCCUGAUCUGUGUUUUCAUCAAGAGAUAUCGAGUGGCCACCAGAGCAAGAGAUAUGGUUAUGAGAUUAAGUCAUAUCAGGAAAAGUGUAGACAUUUCAAGAAAGAGGCCAGAGAGUGAACACAGUUACGUCAGCCCUCAGAGUGUACACUAUGAUGAAAUGGGCUCUACCAUUGCAGACGAAAACAUUUACAUGUCCACUUUAUGUUAAGACUUUCUGGGUUUAAUUAUUGCUGGAAAAUCACAUUUUUAUCUUACUUAAGCGAUGUCUGAAUAAAUCUACGAUGUCUGAAUAAAUCAACGCAGGUGAUCUGAAUGUCUUUUUUACUUUAAGAGUUUUUACGCUGCUAAGUUUUGAUUAGGUCAGUUACCACUCUAAUUGACAUUGACCUUGUUUAUGCAAUGAGUGUAAAUUUUAACAUUUAUAUGUUUGCUUAUAAUUAUAAAUUUAUACAAAAACAAGAAAUUCAUUCACUUAUGAUCCAGAGACCUAUAAAACUAGUACUGAUUUUUUUGGUCAUUUUAGCGGCACCAGAAAGGUGAAAAGCCACAAUUAGUUUUGAUUGGUCUGUCUGUUUGUCCGUCUGUCACGUGUAAAUUUCAAAAACUAGAAAAGAUAUUGAAAUCCAAUAUCAUGAUAUUUUAGAUCUUGCAAAAUUCGUGUGCAAUGACUUACUCUUUUAUCUUCUGAAAACUAACCAUUUUGUUUUGUUUUUUAAAGUUAACGUAUAAGCCGUUAUUUUGUCAUAGAAAUAGAAUUACUCUGUUUUUAAAACUAUUUACUGUUAAUAGUAAAAGAUGGUGCAAACUAUAAUGCGAAAGGGGCGUACCAUUGUUCAUAUUUUCAUAUUUACACAUAUAAUUAUAUAACAUGUAUAUUAUUAAAAGAAAAAUUUGAAAUGUAUAAUUUUUAAAAAAUACUUUUAAAAAAAGAACUACUUUUUUUUUUACACAUAUAG